AUGGAACAAUUCGCAAGAUUCCGCUGCGAGAGAUUGGAGUUUAUAAAUCUAGAGCGUUUGAGACGGCCGCAGUAUCCCAUUCGACGCAUAUGUGUCCGACAACCUCGACGUAUUCUGGAAUCAAGACGGUUCCAUCGUACCCGCACGACCUCAGAUGACGGAACACAGCCAGCACCAGUCGAGGACAUCAUCCGGCACAUCUCAUCUCUGCCCGAACAAACUCUAGAGGUAAAUACCCGAGAUGGAAAUGGGCAAACAAUGCUUACCUGCGCUGCAAAAGACGGGAACACCGAUACUGUUUGGCUGCUACUGUCUAGAUCUGAUAUUAUAGCCCAGCCCCGUGACAAAUGGGGCAUGGUGCCGCUGUUGUACGCCGCUCGAUGCGGAAAGGUGCCUUUGAUAGACAUAUUUAUAUCAAGGAAUGACGUUGAUAUUGCCGUUGUCGAUGACUUGGGUCGGACUGCGUUAUCUCAUGCUUCAGAGUGCGGCCACGAGUCGGCUGUGAAGACGUUACUGACAAGAACCACCAUUGACAUUGAUGCGAUGGACAAAUCCAGAUGGACCGCUAUAGCCUGGGCGGUGAUGAAUGGGCAUGAGACCGUAGCUAGGUUAUUACAAGCCAAGGGCGCCACUAUCACUUUGAAAGACAAUUCCCUGAGAACAGUAUUGCAUUGGGCAGCAAUCAGUGGAGACCAUGCUAUUCUCCCACUAUUGAUUGCCCAGGGAGCUCAUCCUGACCAGAGAGACUCGGCUCAAGAAGCCGCAUUGAAUAUAGCGACGCGCUGUGGGCACAAAGAGUUUGUCAAAGUACUUCUUACUCAUAAUCCUUAUAUAGAUUUGGAAGGACCAUCCUCCAAAACGGCACUACAUCUUGCGGUGGAGCACAGGCAUGAAGACCUGGUCAGGAUUCUCCUCGCAAGCAACGCUAGUACAGAUCCUAAAGACUAUAAAUUGGCUCCACUACACUCAGCAGCAGCCAUGGGGGACGUGGAAAUCGUCAGGUUGCUCCUUGAGCAUGGGGCAGAUAUUAAUGCAAAAGCUAUCGCUCGUCUGACUCCAUUACAUCACGCUGUGAUGAACAAUCACGAGCAUGUGGUCAGCUUGUUACUCGCAAGAGGGGCAGAUAUUCGAUGUCAGAACACCUACGGGCAGAAGCCUCUGGACAUUGCAAUCUCGCAUAAGAGACAGCGGAUCGUUGAUUUAAUCCCUGGUCAGAGGCAGAGUAGUCCUUUGGACAAGCUUGGAGCUGCAUUGAAUGGCUUUCUGAAUUCGACACGUUAG